GCAGAGUGGGGUGGAGGCCAGUGGAGGGAUUGGCAGAGAGGGGUGGAGGACAGAGUGGAGGCCAUUGGAGGGAUUAACAGAGAGAGGUGGAGGGCUAUGAGCAGAGGCCAGUGGAGGGAUUGGCAGUUGGAGGUGAAUAGAAGCCAGUGGAUGGAUUGGUAAGUGAAGGGUGGAGGACUCUGAGCGGUUGGUAAGGUAGUUGAGUAUGGCAGGGGGGGGGGGGGUAGUCCGUGUAGAGGUAAGCCAACAAGGGGGGAGGUACAUUAGUCAAGGUGAGAGAUAAAGACGGAGUGAA